UCUUCUUCGACAUCCAUCAUGGCUUCAACAUCGGACGCAGCGCUGAAGGAAGAAAUCGCCCGACUAACAGGUGCCAUCAGUCAACAUAAAUCGACUCAGCAAUCCGUUGAAUCCUUCUCAGCCCCCAGGAGCAACGCAUAUCUUAAUCCCAAGUAUAAACCGCCAGCAUUUUAUAGACCUUCCGAAUAUCAGAAACCAGCAACAAAGUAUACCCGCCCGCCUACAAAACCACCCCGUCCACCUCAAGCCUCGUCUACCCAUGACGUUGUUAUCGAUGGCGUGACUUUCGAAUCGUCAACCAGAUCUCUCGUGCGCAAAGAUUUGCCAAAGCCUCCAUCGGCUCCACUCAAGGCUCCACUUCGGCCGAUUCCCCAGCAAGUAGAUUUUUCCAGAACAACAACAGGGCACUUGAUCCCGACUGGCCGUGCAUACAAACCCAAGACUUCGUCCCGCGCUCGUCAGCGUCGGUCAAGAAACCGGAACAUGACUCUAGAUAACACUCGAGGUUCUCAACAACGCAGAAAUAAGCGCAUGAAAUACCUGGACAAACCCUGCCCCCGCUUCACAACUACAGGUGCCUGCAGCCGCGGUCUGACUUGUAUGUACCAGCAUGACCCCAACAAGAUCGCCAUCUGCUGGAACUUUUUGCAUGGCAACUGCUCCAGUACGGCUGAAACCUGUAACCUCUCACACGAGCCGACCCCUGAACGGACGCCUCUCUGUGUGCAUUUUGCCAACAACGGACGGUGCACUCGAGAAAAUUGUCACUUUCCUCACGUCCGUGUGGGACAGCAACGCGGCGUGUGUCGCGACUUCGCAGUACUUGGUUACUGUGCCAAGGGCCUCGACUGCGAGAUGCAACAUAUCAGAGAGUGCCCAGACUUUGCUGAGAAAGGAAGUUGUUCGACAAAAGGAUGCAAGCUUCCGCACGUUAUUCGUGCCAACCGCAACCGCAAGCCUCCAGUGCCAACAGCCUCAUUGACUUCGGAUAUUGCUGCUGCUACUUCUUCCACUGUCAUUCCUGGUUCUGAUACUAGUUCUGACGAUGUUUUGAGUUCACAGCAUGUCGCAGUUGAGGAUGCCCGGCUCGGGGAUGAGUAUAUUUCUCUUAUGUUCAAUGAAAGUGAGGAAGAAAGCGACGAUGACGAUGACGAAGAAGAAGAUGACAAUGGCGAGGAAGAGGGCUUAAGCCCCACCGAUGAAGUAGAUGGUUCAGACGACGGUCUAUUAACUUAAUCUCAUUAUUAUCUCCUUUCGACAACCUUUCGAUGUAUAUAUCACUCCAGCAUAUGUAUACAAUUUCUUGAUUCUCAA